AUGGCUGCUACAACUGUUAAAACUGAUCCAAUUCAAAGCGAUAAAAUGAAAUUUCGUACACAAAUUAUCGAUGGAAAACCACAAAUAUUUUUUGAUACGAAUGAUGAGUCUUCCAAAAAAACAAAAUCCAAAAGAAAGAGUCGAGCAAUAAAUACGGCGAAUCGUUUUACAGAACAACAAAAAACGAAAAUAAAUAAUCAAAAAUCUCCUAUACCAAAUGGAACAAAUAAACAAAAAACUAAAACUGAACAAUCAACUAAUAAAAUACGAGUUAAUGAUGAUGGUUCAACAUUAGGAGUUUAUAUGACUAUGGAUGAAUUAGCUGAACUUGUCAAAGCUGUAAAAGAAAACUCAAAAAAAGAACCACCACCACCAUCACAACAACAGCAACAGCAACAACGACAAUAUACUGAAACAACAGCUCCGCCCCUUGUUCCUAAAUUAGAUUUACCACCUGAACCUCUUCCACCUCCACCAGUUCAUGUUACACCACGAGAACAAGUUUUAAGUGUAAUGGCUGAAAAAAAACGUCAAAAAUGGCUUCGAGAAAAAGCUGAAAUUGAACGAUUACAAUUAGAAAUUGAAUAUGAUCAGCUUAAACAUCAAUUAUCACCUCGUCAUAAAAAGACUUCUGUAUCUCCUGAACGAUCAACAUUCCAAUAUGAUUUUCCACCAACAACGAAUAAACCACCAUCUGUACCCUCAGUUCCACAAUCAUUUAAAUCUAAUGAUCAUCAACAUGAUAUUUCACCAAAAGUCAACGAAAUAGAUCCAAAUCAUGAUGCUUUGAAAACACAACUAAUGGAGAAAAAACAACAACAAUGGAAACAAGAAAAUUCGGAAAAACCACCAGUUUGGAAUCCAUUUGGUCGUCCAGGUGGUGGUGCACCUAAUAUCAAUGAAAAUCAAUCGCAAGCAUCUCAAAUACCAUCAAAUACUGUAUCAUAUCGUCCACCAAUUCCACAACAUACUGAUAAUUCUUCAUAUUCAUUACCAUCUACAAAUAUUCAUAGUGAUCAAACACAUAUUCCAGCUGCAAUGCGAAGAAAUUUAUUAUUUGGUGAUGUUCGUUUUGAAGAUGAUGUUAAAACUGCUAAAGAAAUAGAACGUCGUCAAUGGUUAGAAGAUUUACAAAAACAAGUUGAAGAAAAUAAACAUAAAAAAAGUUUUCAACAAGAAACUGAACGUCGACAAGAUUUUUUACAUGAAAAUGUUCAACCACUUAUACAAGAAGCUGCUUAUAGACAUCAACAACAAACGAAUUAUACUGGACAAGAUUUAAAUAGAUUUAAUCAACAUGAUUCAUUAGUACAAAAAAAUUUUGAAACAAAUGAAUCAAAUAACUAUGAUAAACGAUCUCAAUUAAUUGAUAAACUUAAACGUAAUGGAUAUCCAAUAGAUUCAAUAACUAAAACAAUUUCAGAUGCUAAAUCAACUGGUUCAGUAUCGAAUCAAAGAACAGGUGAAAAACUUUUCGGUCCAAAUUAUGAUUCACCAGCAGGACAAAAUAUGAAUAAUAAAGUUGAUCCAUUACAUUUAAAUGUUGCUAUCGAUCGACAACAAGCUUAUCGACCAAACGAUGCACGUCGAGAUGAAGCUGUUAAUACAGUUGAUUCAACAUUUCGAAGUGAUCAUAGUGUUCAAACUGAUUUUCGAGCAUUACCAAAUCGACAAACAAAUCCAUAUGCUUAUGAAGAAUCUGAUUUACCUCCUCAAGUUCCAAAUCAUCAUUUUCGUAAUGCAGGUUAUCGUAAUAUACCAAAUCAACCAGGUAAAAAAAAUCCUCGUAUGCGUUCACUUGAUGAUAAUCAUUCAUCACGACGUGCAUCAUCAAUUUAUCAAACAAAUUCAAAUGAUGAUGGUACAAUAUCACAAAUGAGUAAUCAACAUAGUUCUCAUGUUCCAAUUGAUAUUCAUCAUCGUCCAUUAUGGAAUUAUAAUAAUCCUGAACAUCGUGAAUAUAUUCCUAAUUCUAAACGUGAUCCACAUUAUGAAAAACGACAACGUCUUAAACAUUUUGAACAAGGAAAUUUUGAUCGUAUUGAUGAUGUACAAAAGAAGACAUGUUAUAAUCGUUGGAAUAGUGAUAGUGAAUUAGAACAAAAACAAAAAAAAUCCAUACCAACAAAUCGUAUACGUUCAACAGUAUCCAAAACUUCAACAUAUGGAAAUCAUAAGGAUGAAAGUAUUAUGAAUUUACUUAAAGUACAAAAUAAAUAUCAACAAGAUUCUUUUGGUGCAAGAAAACCAUCAUCAAUACAUACAAAAACUGAUGAAGAUUAUAAUUCUAAUCAUGGAUCAUCAUUAGAUAAAUAUGAAAGUUAUAUACCAUAUACCAGAAAUGAUGACAUACUUGAUCGAACUAAAAUUAAUUCACCAUCAUCACAAUCAAGAGAAACAUCACCACAUAAAGAAUUAACAGAAACUAAUACAAAUGAUAAUUAUCAUCAACAACGAGAAUGGGAUAAUACAAGUCGACAAUAUCCGCUUGUUCAAUCACCACAAUAUAAUGCAUCACAAUCAAGACAAGAACAUAUUCUACAACAAUUAUCAGCUAUUAAAGAAAAUUUGAUUCGUCGACAACGAGAACUUGCUACUUAA